AGGGCAGGGCGCCCCGACUUCUCCGGGGGAGCCCCAACCCCGUGGAGCGCACAGAGCGAGCGCGCCACAGCCGCACCGGACCUUGCGCGCAUCCCCCGCGUACCCCACUUCUGCACAAACUUUUCUGACGCCUUCGCCCGUGGGGGUCGCGAAGAGCGCCGCGCUGCCCGCUGGCCUCCCGCCCCGCCGGACCCUCGCCACGCUGACCUCCUGCCUCUCGUAGCCUCAGUGGCGACCUCUCCAGGCCGGGCCGGGCACGGCACGCGAGGCGAGCGCGGCAACCACCGCUGCUCUCCGAAGGCUCCCGCGCCCUCCGGGGCAGCUGGGCGGGGUAAUGCCCUCGGUGAUGGAGAAGCCGAGCGCGGGCUCCGGGAUCCUGUCCCGCAGCCGGUCCAAGACGGCGCCCAACGGCGGACAGCCCCACUCGGAGGAUGACAGCAGCGAGGAGGAGCACUCGCACGACAGCAUGAUCCGCGUUGGAACCAAUUACCAGGCCGUAAUUCCGGAGUGCAAGCCUGAGAGCCCCGCACGCUACAGCAACAAGGAGCUGAAGGGGAUGCUGGUGUGGUCGCCCAACCACUGUGUGUCAGAUGCCAAGCUUGACAAGUACAUUGCGAUGGCCAAGGAGAAGCAUGGCUACAACAUUGAGCAGGCCCUGGGCAUGCUCCUGUGGCAUAAGCAUGACGUGGAGAAGUCCCUGGCCGACCUGGCCAACUUCACCCCGUUCCCCGACGAGUGGACUGUGGAGGACAAGGUGCUCUUUGAACAGGCCUUUGGCUUCCACGGCAAGUGCUUCCAGCGGAUCCAGCAGAUGCUGCCCGACAAGCUGAUCCCCAGCCUGGUGAAGUAUUAUUACUCUUGGAAGAAGACCCGCAGCCGGACCAGCGUGAUGGACAGACAGGCCCGGCGGCUGGGGGGCCGAAAGGACAAAGAAGACAGUGAUGAGCUUGAAGAAGGACGAGGAGCCGUGAGUGAGGGAGAGCCGGAUGCCGGAGACCCCAAGAGAGAGCCUCUGCCCUCUCGGCCCCUGAAUGCCCGCCCAGGCCCAGGGAAGAAGGAGGUCCAGGGGUCUCAGUACCGCCACCACCCGCUGCGAACCCGGCGGCGCCCACCCAAGGGCAUGUACCUGAGCCCCGAGGGCCUCACUGCCGUGUCAGGAAGCCCGGACCUUGCCAACCUCACGCUUCGAGGCCUGGACUCCCAGCUCAUCUCCCUCAAGCGCCAGGUGCAAAGCAUGAAGCAGACCAACAGCAGCCUCCGCCAAGCCCUGGAGGGUGGCAUUGAUCCACUGCGCCCCCCUGAGGCCAACACCAAGUUCAACUCCCGCUGGACCACGGAUGAGCAGCUUUUGGCUGUACAAGGUCCAGAUUACAUCUGUCUCAACAUCCGUGCCCCGAUCAGUGCCCCCUGCGCCACCCCUGCCUCCCCCUCCCACCUCGCUGUCCCAGCCGCCCCCGCUGCUAAGGCCGCCUUUGCCCACAGCUCCCACUCUGCUUCGCCAGCCACCCCCACUGCAGCAGGGCCGCUUCCUCCAGCCUCGGCUGGCCCCCAACCAGCCCCCGCCACCUCUCAUCCGCCCUGCUCUGGCUGCCUCCCGCCACAGUGCCCGCCCUGGCCCUCAGCCCCCACCCACCCUGAUUGGAGCCCCCCUGGAGCCUCCAGCACCCUCACUCUGAGCCCUGAGCCCCUCCACCAACCAGAGGCUCCAGAACCCCCUUGCUGGACAUCCUCAGGCACCUCUGGCUUCCCUGAGGACGGAAGGGAUUAGAGCUCUUGCCAUGUCUUUUGAAGAUCCGGCCAGCUGAUGGGCACAGCCAGCCUGGACCUGCAGGUUCUGCACAUCUUUCUGGCAGCUGAGCCUAUCUCCGCCCCCACCCCAGCCAGUGGCUGGGACUUGGGCCUUCCGAGCUGGCCCGAGGGUACUUUCUCCUCUGGCUGGGACUGGAAUGGCUGCCUCCUGGUCUGCUGGGGCUUGGCCUUUGGGCUCUGCCCUUUGUGUAGAGGGGGUAGUGAUUAGCUCGGUGGGUGGGGGAGAGGACAGUUGGGCGUGUGGGCUGUUCUUCCUCCUUCCCUUCUUUUAGCAAUAAGUCUGGGGUGAGGUGGGGAGGGGCCCGGAGAGGGGAGGUGGGCAGAGAGGUUCCUUGGGGCCUGUUGGCAGCAGGGGCUGGAGGGGCAGCUCUCCUGUCCUCAGGGGCUGGGUGGGAAGUGCUGAGGAGCUCUGAGGGUGCCCACUGUGCCCCACCACCCCCAAGCUUAGAGAAAGGAGGGCUGGGAACAUAUGCAGACGUGGGUUUAUUUUUCAAUGUUUUUAAAAAAUAAAUAAAACCUUCCAAGCUCA